UUGACCAAACGGUUCAGUAGUGGACGGGAGGUGGCGCAAAGCAGACGCACGCACACGGUCGUUCUUCCAACUUCCUCUCGCCUGGGAAAAGUUUUCAAACCGCACACUGCUGCUGUAGCACUCAGCCGGGAGAGAGAGAGAUAGAGAGAAAACUCUACCAUACCCAAAACGGAGUGUUAUUAAUUCCCCGGUUCGAAAACGAGGGCACCACCCAACACCAUCCCCGUAUUUUGAAGGUGACCUCCACCGUGAAUUAAAUUGUGAAAAUGCGCUGUCUGGUGAUAAUGGUUAUGGUGAUAGUGGGGCUGACGAUGGUGAUGCCAUAUCCCUCAAACAGGAAAGUCAUCAUUCCAAGACUGAAGAGGUCUCUAGUGGCAUCAUUCCUUGGAAAAGGGAAAAUACAGACAACUCCAAGUCCACAAACAACAAGUUCCACCACCACAACCACAACCACAACUACUACAACAACCCCACCUCCUCCACCUUCAACAACAUCCCAACCUGCUACUAAGGCUGAACCUCCAACUACAACAAAAACACCCGUGGCAAACACUCCUGACAACACCUCUGAAAGCCCCACUGAAAACGAUGUUGUGGUUAUAAUGGACAAAGGAAAUGACAAACAGGAAAUUAAAUUUCCGCAAGAAGCAGAAAUGGAGGCUAAAGAAGAGCGUGAAAAUAAACCUAAGCAAGACACAGAGAUGACCUCUGAUUCCAAGCCAAAAGAACCUGCUACAAAAACUGAAGCGGAACCAGUGGAUGAGAAAGUGCAAGAGGCUGAGCAUAAGACUGAAGAAACCCUUAAGGCUGACCCAGAGCCUAAGGCAGAACCAGAACCUAAAGCUGGAGCAGAACAAGAACAUCCUAAUGCUGCAGCAGACCCAGAACCUAAGGCUGCAGCAGAGCCAGAACCUAAGGCUGCAGCAGAGCCAGAACCUAAGACUGCAGCAGAGCCAGAACCUAAGGCUGCAGCAGAGCCAGAACCUAAGGCUGCAGCAGAGCCAGAACCUAAGGCUGCAGAAGAAUCAGAACCUCAGGCUGCAGCAGAGCCUAAAGCAGAACCUGAAGAAGAACCAAAAGAUAAAGAACCUGAAGCUGAAGCAGAACCUGAAAUUACAGCAGACCCUGAAGUUAAAUCGGAACAAGAAGUUGAGCCAGAACCUGAAGCUGAAGCAGAACCAGAACCAGAACCAGAACCUAAGAGUGAAGCAGAGUUAGAAUCUGGGAUAAAAACAGACCCAGAAGGUGAAAAUCAAUCUGAAACCAAAGAAGGACAUGAAACAGAGGACAAAGCAAACCACCACAGUGAAGAAGAAACAUCAGUCACCAACACAGAGGCUGAUGUUGAGGCUGUUCCAAAUACUGAGGGUGAUUUGUCGAUGGGUUCCAAGGGAGAAAUGGGUGCUUCCCUCACUGCUGAAGUAAAACCAAAUAUGAAUGAUGACAUGAUUCAAAAUGACUCACAAACUGACACUGAUCCAAAACCAGAGACUGGGCUAGAACUCAAGCAUGACUCUGAGAUCAUGCCAAAACCUGAGAAACAAACAGAAACUGAAAAUGAUGAAGCAAAGACGGAGAAUGAGGCCAGCAGUGAGAUGGAAGAAGAUUUCGAAGCAGAUAUGUCACCCAAAGAUAGUGAUUCUAAUGCUAACAAAGAAAAAGACACUAAUACAUCAAAAGAAGAUAAGAAAAAUAUGGAAAAUGACUCGGACAAUGGAUCUGACAGUAAGAAAAAUGAGAGCAUCGACACUGCUCAGACAAGUGUUUCUGAGACAAUAAAAGAAAACAUAUUAACGCCAAAGGAUGCACACACAGUACCAGAGGAUAUGGCAACAAGUGGAAGUGAUGUGGUUGAAAGCAUCACAAAUCCUGAUACUGAAGAAGAGAACUUUAAUGCCAUAAAUGAAAUGGAAAAGAUGCUGAAUAAAUCAAUGGAAACUACAGACCACAGUGAUAAGAAAGAACCUGCUAAUACUCCUUUGGACGAAGUUGCAACUAACUUUACCGCCAGCAUCUUCCUUAAAAAUGCUGAUUCAGAACCGAGUGACGAAGAUUCAACAGAAGGGAAGGUUGCAUUUGAGCCAAAAGUGGCAACAACUUCAAAUCAGAAUGCUAAUACUUCCAAUAAUACGACAGAGAACAAAUUUCCAGAAGUUGGUGGAGAACCUUGUGAUUGUAAGGAAUCUGGGGAUAUAACGGCUGCUCUAAAAGCCCUCGAUGAAAACACUAAAGCAAACUGGACUGAUCACAAUGAAAUGGAUAAUGGGGAAAACAGCAGGGAGGAAGAAGACAAAGAAAAUGGAAAGCAAGCCCAGUUAGUCCAUGAUGCUGAAAUCAUCAAUCAAGAUGGUGUCACAGGAGAUGAGAAAAGUGAACAAGCCUUGGAAACUAGUGCAAAAAGCCUCAGCGAAAUGGAUGAAAUGAUGAAUGAUAUGAGGGAUACCACAUCAGAAGAGGAAAAAUCAGAUCAUGACAAAGAUGUCGAGGACACUGAUGAUGAAGUGGGCUCAGGGGAAGUUAUGGAAGAGCAAUAUAUUAAAGAGAUGACUCCAGAUAUACACAUUGUUAAGAGGAAAGACUUCGAGAAAGAAGGUACAGAGAAUAACCAGGAGAGUGAAAAAGAGGAUGCUGGAGAUGAAGAUGAAACUGUUCCCGAGACUGACACAGACGAUGAAACAGAAGACACGCAAGUACCAAGUGGUGCGCAACAAAAGAACAGCCAGGACGACGGUGAAAAUGCUGAAGAGGAGGCCAAUUCAUCGACGGAAUCAGAAGAAAACACAGAGGAAUCAGCUGUUCAUCAAAACAGUAAACCUAAUGCCAAAGAUAAACCUGCUGCUUCUACAUCAGGAACUGAAGUUGAAGAACUAUCAGCAGACACUACACAAACAUCGUAUCCAGAACCUCUCAGUAGCCAAGAAUCUCAAGAAGUUCUGACAAUGACAGCCAUGUUACAAACCACCAAAGCUGCACAAGCUGAUCACAGCGGCGAAUCUUCAGGCGAAGAUCCAGAUAAGGAGAUGGCCACUGAGGAAAUAUCCACAUCAACCACACCUGACCCAACGCAUAAUGAAGGAAAAGAUGAACACACUGAGGAAACAAGUAUAUCCAAGAAAACUCCAGGGGGAAACACUAUACCCACAAAUGUUGUUCGGAUUAACGUCCUAGAUCCUGAAGGGACGCAGACUGCUGCUGGGGAGACUAACAGUGAUUCUCAGACUGCUUGAGAAUUUUAUUAUAUAACUGGCACGUGGAGAAUUGUACGAUCACUGAAUUUUAAGUAAGCUACGUAAUUUUUUUUUUUUUUAUAAAUCUCCAAUAAGAACUGGCAAACCACAUAAUAAUGACUGAAGAAAAUGCAUACACAUUGGGGUGCAUGUUUGCAUAAUAUAUCUAUCCGACCAUGCACGGCAUAAUCAUUAAUGAUCAUAAAGAUUUCAUAAAAUCAAAAUCAACAGGGAAAUCUAACCACGAGAUAAAAUCAAGGACCCAUUUCAGGAAAAGAGCAGCUGAAAACUGACUGUUCUGCAUUCGUGAGCAAUGAGUAACAAACUAAGGAGUUUGAUUUAUGUAACAUAUCCUGUAACUUACUUUGAGCUUUCAGCUGGAAAAAAUACACUACCAUAUUUAUAUACUUAUUUAUAGUUUUCGAAUCUAAAGAAGAGAAACGCACAAAAACUGCCAAGACAAUAGACCCUGAAAGCUUCCACCAUCCAUCAUCAGUAUCAGAGAGCAAUAUUCACUUGUCCUUAAGUAAAUUAUUCGAGUACUGAAAUGGUUGCUUAAUGGAGAAAGCAACAAAACAGAUCAACUGUGGUUCUGUAGUUAGCAACCCCAAAAAUAAUUCUGUUGGGACAAUCAAAGUCAAGAGAAUCUGAAACAGACAAAAGAUGAAACACCUUCAAUUCAAGCCAGUCAAGACUGAAAUGAAACUGGGCGGCAUAAGAAAUGCAGGAAACUUUUUAGGAGAGCUUACGGAAACGCCGACCAAAAGAAAACUUUCUUUAUUGGGUGAAAUGAUUCUAUCUAUAUGUGAACUAACAGAGUUUUAGACUUUGUAUAUAGGCCUACACUAACCUUGAAUAAGUCUACUUCGUUACCUGUGAAAUCGCUUGUCAAUAGACUACUACUCGUCUGAUAUUAAAUCAUUUACCAAUUGACAGACAGUGAAAUUUAGCAAAAAAAUAGGCUUUAUAUUUUCUUUCACAUUCUUUGUUACACAUUAGACAGCAGCGUAUAGUCCCCAGGUAAAGAUAGAAUUCUAAAGGAGAAGAAUAAUAUUUAAGAAUGUUAUUAGUUGACUGUGAUAUAAUAAUUAUCUAUGUGUAAUUUUUAACGAGAGGUUGUGUUAGAAAAGGGCGCCAUCUCCUUUCGGUGCCUUUAGAUGACAUUUUCAUAUAAUGUGUGAAAGCCAGAGCUUGAUAUUCUGUUAGAUCCAAAGACAUAGAUGCCAUAGUUCAAAUGUAGUUUCUGCACAAUACUUUCAUUCCCAACUUUAUCCUAGGUAGUUAAUAGACAAACAUGAAAUGAGGUACUACUUCGACGUCUCUCUUGAUCACGUUCUGAGAGAAUGCAAUCGAUAAGAGGACCUCAGCAAGGCUGAUGGAAUACUCGUAAGAAUCUUCUUACUAGACUAACAAAACUUCCGUGUUCCAGGUCUAGGAAUAGGUUUGAAUUUUCCCACAGACACGAGCUCGGCCUAAAACUAUUCCAAGAAGUAACUUCUGAACGUGUCAGCAUCUCAGAAGAGUGCUCGAUGUGUCGGCAACUUCGAACAUAAAUCGGUUUUCAAGGAAAACAAACCACGAACUUGAAAAUAGAAGCUGUUAAGGCCCCACGCAGUUGUUUUAUGUAUGAUGAGCGAAAAAUACUCUCCAGAACUGAUGCUUCGGCACCAAAGCUUCCGGAAGUAGGCGAGUGAAGGAGGUCCUUUGGGACACCGCUUGGCUUGGAUCGUCAGGCACAACCUUUCCAACCCAGUAUUAGUAACACAUUCAAAUGUAGGUCUAAUGACUAGUUUGUAAGGAGAAAUGAUAUAUCAAAGUAUAUCAACUAUACAGUAUUCGAUGUAUUGCAUGCUAUCCUUGUGUGAAAAUAGUUUGUAGGAGUUCAUCUUUGUUUUUGAAAGGAUGAAAUGCAUCAAGUAGUCGUUUACAUUCCUUCUGUUUCUCUUUUGAUGAUGUAGUGGUUAUCAAAGAGCAGUGCAUACAUAGUAUGUGAACUACCCUCUAUUUAUAUUCACAAUUUUGUAAUAAAAGUUCUCAAUA